AUGUGGCAUCCAGAUAAUUUUGUGUUUAUACCUGGUCAAACACCAUUGACUUCUUUGAAAUUUCUUCUAUUUAUUUCGUUCGUUCAUUUCAUUAUUACAUAUGCUUUAGAAAUAUAUAUGGCUAAACGUGCUAAACCAAUAAAUGUACGUCGUAUUCAACGUUAUAAUAAUAUAAUUAUUGGUAUAUAUUCAGCUAUAUCAUUUCUAUCAGCUAAUAUAAUUGCAUAUAGAGAUGAUCGAUUUGUUUCUUGGAAUCGAUUAGUAUGUCAUAGAUCAACCCCAAGAGGCUCCUAUAUGCUUCUAUGGUAUAUAUUCUAUUUGAGUAAAUUAUGGGAAUUUCUCGAUGUUUACUUGGUUAUUUUAAAUAAAACUCCAGUACUUAUGCAUUUUCGUUGGCAUCAUCAAACAACACCAUCAGUUGUAUUAGCUGGUUUAAUUGGUUAUAUAUCAUAUGAAUGGCCAACAAUUGUUUCCAAUACACUUCUUCAUACAUUUAUGUAUCCACAUUUUGCUGGUAUUUGGAAUUUAUAUCCGAUUCUUCUUGUAUUAGCUGCUUGGCAAAUAAUUGCUGGUUUCGGUUUCAGUCUCUAUGCAAUAAUAUUUCACUGUGAUGGUUCAUUUUAUGCUCAAUUAUAUGGUUUAUUUAUCUACAGUACUUAUUAUAAUGUUAUAUGUAUAACUUGA